CUCCAUCGAUCCCACGAUCCAGCAGCCAUCUACAUUGAUCCCCGCGAGUUCUGCCGCCGAUCGGUUAACGUGCGCCAACUUAGCUCUAGCCUGCGCGCCCAUGGGGCUACUGGACCAGCUCUGGGACGACACCGUCGCCGGCCCGCGGCCUGAGAGCGGCCUCGGGAAGCUCCGGAAGUUCAGCACCUUCAGCUCCCGAUCGAACUCCGGCAAGGAAUCGGAGGGAGGAGGGAGAAUGAAGGCGUACGGCGAUCCGGACGCGACGCCGUCGGAGGAGGCGGCGAUAAGGGUGACGCGGAGCAUAACGAUAGUGAAGCCGCCGGGGAACCAGUCCGGCACACCGCCGGUUUCUCCGGCCGGGUCCACCCCGCCGGUAUCCCCUUCGCCGAUGGGUCAAGCAUCAGGAAUUUACAUUGGGAGGUGGAGGUGGAAGAGGGCGGUUUCUAUUCCGAAGGAGAUCAAUGUCCGAUGCUUACGAGAAGCCGAGUGAGGUUCGACCCCGGAGCCCUCCUUCUUCUUACGACAUGUGAGCUAUGACGACAAAGCUUCCGACUCCCUUCAGCAGCCCAAGAUAAACCGCGUGUGCGUCCGUUCGACCUCUUUGUUGUUGCUUUGUAUAACCUAUGCAUGUAUGUAGGUAUGCACGCAUGUUAGAAUCUGCUACUUCGGUUCGAUGAACGCCAUUUCCUUAGGCAUGCAUCGUCUAGAUGUAGGAGUCUUGUGUAUAAGUGGUGUACGCGAGUUGGAUCGUGAGCUGCCUUGUUGCGGUCUGUUCUCUGUACAUAGUGCUUUCGUUCUGGAUCCGAAUCUGAGCCUUUUGCUUGUAAGUUUUGUUGGAGGAAAAAGAAGCAUGUUCCUAUGUUUUUUGUUUC